AUGGCGGCGGCGAAUAAACAAAUCCCUCUUUCCGAUGACCUAAACUACAAACAAUGGGCUCCGAUCGCGAAGAAGAAGCUAGUGGAGAACGGAGUAUGGGACGUCGUAACGAACGGAGUCCCCUUCGAUCCAACGAAGCUCCCAGAGCUAGCCGCGAGGAUCACUCCCAAGGAACUCGCCGAGUGGAGAGACCGCGCGAUCAACGACAUGAAAGCGCUCAAGAUCCUCCAAUCCUCUCUCCCAGCUUCCACUUACUACAACACCUUCUCCGUCGCCUCCGCCAAGGAUCUCUGGGAUCUCCUCAAAUCAGGUAACGAAGCACCGAAUCGCCCUAGGCUAACGAAGGAGUUCGAAGAUCUCGCAAUGUACGACGGAGAAUCGAUGGAUAGUUACUUGGAAAGAGUUUUGGAUAUCGUCGAACGGUUCCGCCGUUACGGGAAUCCCAAGUCCGACGACGAAGUCAUCACCAAGCUGCUGACCUCUCUGUCAUGGUUGUUCGAUGAUUCCACGACGAUGUUGGAGGAGAUCAUGAGUCUUCCCGAUAUGACUCUCAACGAUCUGAUAACGCUUCUUGAGUUGUUUGGAGAUCAUCCAGGCGAAUACAUGACUCAAGAGCUGAAGAAGCAUCACAAGAGUCUUGCGAAGGCCAAGUCUGAGCAGAUGUGGUGUGGCUUGUGCAAGAAGUACGAUCACAAUCAAGAAGACUGUUACCGCAGCGACACGAGCGGACAGUGCCAUGUUUGUGGAGCAAGAGGAGGGGAUUGUGCGAGAGGUUGUACAGUUAAGAAGAACGGGAAGCCUGAGCAUUUGAUGUUGGCUGUGACUACGGGUGAUUUUGCAUAUGAUGAUGGGAUGUGGAUGGUGUACUCGACUGCUUCGGACCACAUGACUCCGUAUCUGAAGGUUUUCGCUACGCUUGAUAGAACGUACAAAGCUCGUGUUGGGAUGGCUAAUGGGAGUGUUGUUAUGGCGGAAGGGAAAGGAGAUGUGAAGAUUACGAUGAAGGGAGUGAGGAAGGUGAUCAAGAACGUGCUUUUCGUUCCGGGGAUCAACAGAAACGUGUUGAGUAUUAGUAAGCUGACGUCAGGGGGAGGUUCGGUGGAGAUUGGUGGAGGGGAGUGCACUAUUAAAGAUGAGACUGGGAAAGUGUUUGCUAAGAGUAGGUUUGAUGAGAGAGGCAUUGCUCUGCGUUUGAAGGUGAUUAGGUAA